AGGGAGAGACGCUACUCUUUUUGGGCCUUGUGGCUUUCCGUAGAGACUCUCCAAACAUGGCUGCUUCCAUGUGCUAACGUGAGUAAACCUUUCACCGAGCUGGCAGUGAGGACACACACUUCAUGCACGACCACCCGUGUGCCUGCCACACUACAAACACAGCACGUUUUGGAAAGCAGUGUCCGCCUCGAGCUGCGGGUGUCACAGACUCUUUUAUGCUGGUGCGGACAGCUCGGCUAUUCCCCCUCUUCAUCUCCCGUCAUCGGCGUCCUUUCUGCACCCAUUCUGUCAGACAGACAUUUCGGAGGAGCUUAGGCAGUGCUGUUGCCACUGCCAGCAGGGGACUGACAUCCAUGGAGCCUCUAGAAACUGCUCAGGACCCCGAAAUACCCACCAACAAACCUUCUCCCACACCUGCUGAACCUUCAUCAGAAGGUAUGAGCCCGGCACAGACCGACACAACAGCAGACAAGGAGAAGACGCCUCCUGCAGGACUGUUACCUGGAGAGACGGUCUUCAAAGAGGGCAAAGCGUCAAUCUUGUUUCCCAGCGCUAAUGAGGUGUUUUACAACCCGGUCCAGGAGUUUAACAGAGAUUUGACAUGUGCUGUGAUCACAGAGUUUGCCAGAGAACUGCUGGCUCAGCGCGGGGUAAAGGUUGUGGUGCCUGGAGAGAAAGAGAGGGUGGUGGUCUCUCUGUCAGAGGAGACAAACGAGGCAGACGUACAAACGGAGGAGAAAAAUGGAGCAGAGGAGCCGGCUGUAACUGUAACAGUGGGGGAGAAAUAUGAGCACGGUCUUCGCGUGCUGGAGGGUCUGGCGGCGUCUGGACUGCGCUCGGUGCGUUUCGCUCUGGAAGUCCCGGGCCUGCAGAGCGUCACCGCCAAUGAUUUCUCCACCAAGGCUGCAGCGCUGAUCGCCAGGAAUGCCCAGUACAACGGAGUUAGCCACCUGCUCCAGGCCAGCUGCAGGGACGCCAGUAUGCUGAUGUAUGAGAUGCGAGGAAAGAAAGAGCGUUAUGAUGUGAUUGAUCUGGAUCCCUACGGUAGUCCUGCCUCCUUCUUGGAUGCCGCUGUACAGGCUGUCACUGAGGGAGGUCUGUUGUGUAUAACAUGUACAGACAUGGCUGUGCUGGCGGGAAACAGUGGAGAGACCUGCUACAGCAAAUACGGUUCAGUUUCCAUCAAAGCCAAAUACUGUCACGAGAUGGCUCUUCGCAUCAUCCUCCACAGUUUGGACCAGAGGGCGGCGGUGUAUCAGCGAUACAUCCAGCCCCUGCUGUCUGUCAGUGUCGACUUUUACAUCAGGGUCUUUGUACGUGUCUUCACAGGACAGGCCAAAGUGAAAAACUCAGCCAGUAAACAGGCUCUGGUCUAUAACUGUGUCGGCUGUGGGUCUUUUCACUUACAGAGAAUGGGCAGGAAAACAAGCAACGGAAAACAUAUGAAGUAUUCUCCCGCCACCGGACCACCAGUCGGACCGCAGUGUGAACACUGUGGACAGAGACAUCAGCUGGGUGGUCCCAUGUGGGCUGAGCCCAUCCACGACUUGGCAUUUGUCCAAAAGGUUUUGUCUGCUGUGUCGGGGAAUCCGUCCCGAUUUGGGACAUCUAAACGCAUUGAGGGCAUGCUCAGCAUGGUGACUGAGGAGUUGGAAGAUGUUCCUCUUUAUUACACUGUGGACAGUCUGAGCAGCACAAUACACUGCAAUACUCCACCUCUGCUCCAGUUUAGGUCUGCUCUCCUUCAUGCCGGUCACAGGGUUUCCCUCUCUCACGCCUCUAAAAAUGCCAUCAAGACAGACGCUCCUCCUUCAGCCCUCUGGGACAUUAUGCGAUGCUGGGAGAAGGCGAAUCCUGUGAAGAGGGAGAAACUGUCAGAGACUAGUCCUGCCUUCAAGAUCCUCUCCACCGAGCCCAGCCUAGAAGCCUGUUUUACUGUGAGGGAGGACGCCAACCCUCAGUCCCGUAAACGCCACCUGACCCGGUUCCAGGAGAAUCCUCAGGCCUUCUGGGGACCCAAAGCUCGUGCCAAAACUGGUGGCGGUAUUUCCACUGACCUGCAGGAGAAGAGGAAGAAGUGCCAGAACAAGAGAAAGAACCAGAUCACAGACUCGUCUCACCUUAAAGACUACCCCUGCAAGAGGUUCAAACAGGGAACAUGCACCUACGGAGACAAAUGCUGCUUCUCCCACAACCUGGAGCAGACGGAGUGAUUUCUGUCUUCUCUUAAUUCAGAUUUGUUGUUUUAAAUAGUUUUAUUUUUGGACUCUAAAUGGCCAAGAGCAGCCUGGAUAAAGGAUAAAUGAUGCAAUGCAAUCGACCUUAAAACUCUUAGUAUGCAGAACAUGUCUGUUAUUCAGUUGUAUUCCAGAGCUUUUUUUGUUUUGGGUUUUUAUUUUUAUGCAAGUGUUGUUUCAGUCCAAUAAAGUCCUCACGCUGACUUUA